AUGUCUCCAACGGGAUCGGUCCUUAUCACCGGCUGCAGUGACGGUGGCAUCGGCUCCAGCCUGGCCCUCGUCUUCCUGGAGCGCGGCUACCACGUUUUCGCCACAGCCCGUAACCUGGAUAAAACAAGUGCUCUGCGGGGCCUUCCCAAUGUCACUUUGUUGACACUAGAAGUGACCGACGAGAGACACAUUCGUGCAGCGAAGGAGGCUGUCUCUGCGCAGACAGGCGGCACAUUGUCGUACCUGAUCAACAACGCUGGACGCAACCAUUUCAUGCCUCUCCUGGACGAGGAUAUCGACGCUGCGAAGAGGAUUUUCGAAAUCAAUGUCUGGGGUCCAUUGGCCAUCACCCAGACAUUUGCGCCUCUUCUCAUCAAGGCACAGGGCACGCUUGUGAACAUCACAUCUAUUGGCGGCCAUGGCGCAGUUCCGACUAUGGGAUCCUAUGGCGCUUCCAAGUCCUCCCAGGAGCACAUGGCAGAGACACUCCGUCUUGAACUUUCACCCUUCGGCGUGAAGGUUCUAUCCGUCGUGACCGGCGUCGUCUCGACAAACGGCCGCUCGUACUUUGAAGACUGGGCCCUUCCCACAAACUCGCGAUACAAGGCAAUCGAAAACACCAUUGCACAGGUUGUGCGUGCAACCGAUGGAAUGACUAGCACACCACUUGCAACUUAUGCAACUGAGGUUGUUGACAACAUUUUGGGUGGUACGACCGGCCGCAUUUGGGUCGGCGAGAGAGCAGAGAGUGCAAAGAAUAUGCCUGUUGAGGGUGAGAUGGACCAGUUCAUGAUGAAAUCAUUCGGCUUGGAUGAGCUCUCGAAGUAG